AUGCUUGCAAUCAUCGGAGCAACCGGCAAGGUCGGCUAUAGCACAUCAUUAACGUUACGCAAGGCAGGCGUACCAGUCAGAGCUAUUCUCCGUGAUGCGUCAAAGGGGGCACCGCUACGUGAGAUUGGAUGCGAGAUCGCCAUAGCCGACCUACAGGAUUCUGUAGCCCUCGCUGAGGCGAUUCGCGAUGCUGAUACUGUCCAGGUCAUCCUUCCGCCCUUCCUGCAGGCGAAGGACACGACCGGGGAAAUGGUGAGAGCGAUCGAAAGCCUCGCGGACGCGCUCGAGAAGGCACGCCCGAAACGGGUGCUAGCGAUUUCUGACUACGGAGCUCAUAUUGCCUAUGACAUUGGGAUGCCUACGAUGUACCGUUUAUUCGAGGAGCGGCUCAGGCAACUCAAUUGCCAGAAGAUAUUCCUACGAUCGGCGGAACAUAUGCAAGGAUGGGGACGCGUUAUCCCACCGGCUAUAGCGUCCGGCACCCUACUGAGCUUUCAUGACCCGGCCGACAUGCUAUUCCCAACAAUCUCGGCGCCAGAUCUCGGCUUGAUCGCCGCUGACCUCUUGUUACAGCCUGCUGGUGAGAAGGAUGUGCAGGUUGUCCAUGCUGAGGGACCGCGCCGGUAUAGCGCCAACGAUGUCGUGACGGCAUUAAGCAAGCUAUUGGGCCGGACAAUCAAAAUAGAAUCCGUACCUCGUUCACAAUGGAAGGAGACUCGUGAGCGGGUCUUGACCGCAAACCUCGCCGAACUCUUGAUCAAAUUCAAUGAUGCCCAGAACAAGGGUGACUUAGUCGACGUCGAGCCAAACUCCAGCGAAGUUCGCUAUGGCGCGACAGACUUAAUUGACGCACUGCGGCCGCUCCUUCCGCCCCAGUGA